CGAAAACCAAUCUUAAACAGAAAAUAAUCCCCAUUGUAUUAUGCAAUUUAAUUGAUUGCAUUAUCUCCAAAGGGGGUUUCAAGCAAUUACUCGUUAGUACUACGGUUCCCCCCCUCCCCACCAAUAAACGACUCAACUCGAACUAGCGCGCGGCUAGUUCAACCGCCGCGAGCCCCAGUAGCCGCGCCCAAGAUGAGGUAAGGCAAGCAAAAGAAGAACGCCUGUCGCUGCUUUUCCACACCCCCAGGUUAUCAUUUGCAUCCCCAUUCACCAUCGGCUUGACCUGUGUCUUGAACAUGGCGUCUACAAGCAAUGGAAAUACUCCAAACCUGCCGGAGGAGGUGAGCAAACCCCCGGAGGGUGUCGUAUUGCCACCCAAGGAUAUUCGAGCGAUCGUGGAGAAGACCGCAGGUUAUGUUGCAAGGAAUGGUAUUGUCUUUGAAGAUCGUGUACGCGAUAAGGAACAUAACAACCCGAAAUUCUCAUUCCUUAACCCAAACGAUCCUUAUGCGAGCUUUUAUCAGUGGCGACUUACGGAAAUCAAGGAGGGCAGGGGAACUUCUGUGUCUGCAGGACGACCGGGCGAGCCAGCUGCAGCUCCUGAGCCGGAGGAACCUACGGGUCCCGAACCGCCAACAGAGUUUCACUUUUCGGCGCGGAUGCCGAUAAUCAACGCGCAAGAUCUGGAGGUUGUUAAGCUUACGGCUCUAUUCGUGGCCAAGAGGGGGAAGUCGUUCAUGACAGCCUUGUCCCAACGAGAAGCCAGGAAUUUCCAGUUUGAGUUUUUGCGCCCGCAACAUAGUCUAUAUCAAUUUUUCACACGACUAGUCGACCAAUAUAUCAUCUUGCUGCGAUCAGAAGGACUUGACCAGGCGACGUCCGAAAAAGCUCGUCUAGCAGAAUUGGAGCAUAAUGUGCAAAACAAGUAUCAUGUUUUGGAUCGCGCUAAGAAGCGCGCCGAGUGGGUGAAAUACCAGGAACAGCAGAAGCAGAAGAAAGAAGAGGAGGAAGAACAAGAACGCAUUGCUUACGCGCAGAUUGACUGGCAUGACUUCGUGGUUGUUGAAACCGUGCUAUUCACAGAAGCCGAUGACCAAGUUGACCUUCCCCCGCCCGCCUCUCUCAACGAUCUCCAAUCUGCUUCUCUGGAACAGAAAGCUAUGAUGUCCCUAAAUCCUCUCCGCAUCGAAGAAGCCAUGCCGACAGAGGAGGAAACACCGACAUAUUACAACGCCUACCCGGUCCAACCAGAGCCAAUGCCCCAGCCAAUCGUCCAGCCGGCUGGGCCAGCAUUCCCUCAAGUACAGCCUCCCCAACCCGUCCCAGUUGCUGCUGCCGCGGCGCAGGAUGAAGAGCAGCGUAUCCGCGAGCGGAUGGAGGCUCGCGACCGUGCCGCUGCAACUCAAGCGGCUGCCAAAGCCGCCCCAGGUCAACAACCGAUGCGUAUACGCUCCGACUAUGUACCACGUGCGCAGGCGCGCCGUCUCAACCAGUCUGGGGCAACAGCACUCUGUCCCAACUGUCAUCAACAGAUCCCAGUUGCCGAACUGGAUCAACAUAUGCGUAUCGAAUUGCUCGAUCCCCGUUGGAAAGAGCAGCGUGCCAAGGCCGAAUCCCGCAGUGCUACAACCAACCUGUCAACCGCCGACGUGGUCAACAACCUCAAACGCCUCGCCAGCCAGCGCAGCGACGUCUUCGAUUCGACAGUGCUUCCAGACGCCCCCGACCCGGAAGAAGAAGCGAGGAAAAAGCGCAUGGCGUUCGAGAGUGCCCCGGGCGCAGGACCUACGCCGCCCAUGGUCGGUCCUGCUGGUGGCCCACCCAAUCCUCAAAACAUGAAUAUCGAAGAACAGAUCAGACAUCUUCACGAGCGUUACCGGCAAUGAUCGAAUAUCCGUUGGGUCUUUUGGUGAUUGGACCGUUCAUCGGCGUUUUUCAUCUGGAGUUAUCGGUCUUCUUUCAAACCAUUCUUAUCCUAUUGAGAUGUACGUCUAAGCAGAUGUAAAAUAUCCUUUCUGCCUGCUUAUAUUUGACGAUUGUUUUAUUAAAUUUCGUUCCAAUAUUCCCAGGCGGGAACUCUAC